GGGGUGGCCAAGACGGUCACUCCUCCAACGGUAAGCGUGUAAGCCGGGGGCCACAUAUAAGAGUGUUACUUUUCUUGAGGCAAACUUUCUACUCCUCCGCCCAAGAGAAAAUCCAGACAGCCUUCCCCUCCGUCACUUCACCUAGGGGUCCAGAUCAGAAUCUCACGCCUUAUUUACCCAACCCGUACGCUGUAGCCAGCACAGGUAGUCGGCCACUAGGCGUGUCAGUGUCCGCGUGAUCCUCAUGUUGCCAACCGCAGCUCAAGCCAACGUUUGCGCCACAAGACAGGCCGCCUACCUGUCCAGAGCAGCGACCGCCUUGUUUCGGUCGUCUACGCUCGGCUAUCCGACGGCCGUUCGUGUCGGCCUGGUCGUGUCCGUCCAGCAUAAGGGGGCCUCGCGAGCCUUCUCCACGACCCCGGUGGCCACUUUCAGGGACUUUUUCCCUUCCAAGGAGACAGAGCACAUUCGCACGACGCCGGCAGCAUGGCCGCAUCAUGGCUACACCGAACAGGAAAUGCUUCAGGUCGUGCCGGCCCACCGCCCGGUGAAGACCUGGGGCGAUUGGGUUGCCUGGAAAGCCAUACGCACAUGUAGAUGGGGAAUGGAUUUCUUCACUGGCAUGAAGAAAGACCAAAAGGUUGACAAGGCCAACCCGACAACUGCCGUCGAGACGAUCCAGCCGCUGACCGAGGCUCAAUGGCUACUACGUUUCCUAUUCCUCGAGUCCAUCGCCGGCGUCCCUGGCAUGGUCGCCGGGAUGCUGAGACAUCUGCACAGCAUCCGACGGCUGAAGAGAGACAACGGUUGGAUCGAGACACUCCUCGAGGAAAGCUAUAACGAGCGGAUGCACCUCUUGACCUUCAUCAAGAUGUGCGAGCCGGGCUGGUUCAUGAAGUUCAUGCUCCUCGCCGCCCAAGGGGUUUACUUCAACGCCCUCUUCGUAACCUACUUGAUAUCUCCUAAAAUCACCCACCGCUUUGUGGGUUACCUCGAGGAAGAGGCCGUGCACACGUACACGCUAGCCAUCAAGCAGAUCGAAGAAGGACACCUGCCGAAGUGGUCGGACCCGAAGUUCGUGGUCCCCGACAUCGCCGUCCAGUACUGGCACAUGCCCGAGGGUAAGCGGACGAUGAAGGACCUCAUCCUCUACAUUCGCGCCGACGAAGCCUGCCACCGCGGUGUCAACCACACCCUAAGCAAUCUCAACCAGAAAGAAGACCCCAACCCCUUCGUCAGCGAAUACAAGGACGGCCAGCAGCCGCCAAGGCCCGCCCUCAAAGCGCAGGGCUACGAGCGGGAAGAGGUCAUGUAGAUCGGAGAGUAGCAACGCUUGCACGCUCUCUCCCGUCUCUUGCCCAUUCCGCCGAGACACAGGGCGUGUGCACUGGGAGGAAGCCUCUUGUGGUUGUUCUUGUUUUUUUUCCCCUAGGGUGUCACAUGUUCGGGUCCACGUAAACGACGACGGGGCGACGCCGCAGAUAUUGUAUUUUGCGCUGGGGUGGGGCGUUUGGUUGGUCGGCUAUUGCGCUGCGAGACAGGAUCUCUGGGGGCCAGCAUCGGAUUGACUUUUUAGGUAAAGACUAAGGUGUUUUAGACGAUGAGCCCCGGACUGG